AUAUCAUUGGAGGCUUCUUUAUUUAUGGAGUAUAUAAGAUCAGCUUCUGUGUAAAGUCUGCAGGAUAUCUACUUAUACUUAACUCUGCUACUCCUGCUGAAAUCAAGGCAAAAGCAUCAGUAUCCUACUUUUUUUUCCUGAUAUAAUGGAGCAACAAAACAAGCAAUCUCCUCUUAUACCACCACUACCCAGAGAUCCAAGAGGCUCAUUAGAAGUAUUCAGUCCUUCAACUUACACUUCCCGGCCAACAAAUACAGUUUUCCGAUCACAGCCUUCAUGGAAAAAUUGGGCCACUGAACAGCCCAUUACAACAAGCAGCAGCAUCCCCGAGGAAUCAUCAGAACCAAUUGCAAUUCCCGAAUCGAAUAAUGAAAAAGAAGAAAUUAUUACGACUUCAUGGAUGGCAAUCAAAGAUGCAAUUACUCCGAUGCCAACGCAAUUGGCUUCUCCGGUUAGUCAGAAGAAGGCGGUGGAUGAAAAUGGUGGUGCUGCUCAGAGAGCGGCGGAGUGGGGCCUAGUGUUGAAACAUGAUGAUAAGACUGGGAAAUUACAGGGAGUUAAAGUUAGAACUUCUGGAGAUGAUCCUAAUGGUAAAACAGAGACUUCCAGAAGGAAUUCCGGUAACUCUAUGAGGAGUUCCGGCGAGUUUUCUGAUGAUGGAGCUGGUAAAGAGGGGGGAAUUCCAAGGGUAUCAGAGGACUUGAGGGAUGCCUUAUCAACAUUUCAACAAACAUUUGUGGUGUCGGAUGCAACAAAACCCGAUUACCCAAUUUUGUAUGCAAGUGCUGGAUUUUUCAAGAUGACUGGUUAUACAUCAAAGGAGGUUAUAGGCAGGAAUUGUCGGUUCAUGCAGGGUUCGGAUACGGAUCCUGAGGAUGUGGCUAAGAUCCGAGAAGCAUUGCAAUCGGGUUCAACUUAUUGUGGAAGACUACUAAAUUACAAGAAGGAUGGGACCCCAUUUUGGAAUCUCCUCACCAUUGCACCUAUCAAAGAUGAUGCUGGCAAAGUUCUCAAAUUCAUUGGAAUGCUAGUGGAGGUAAGCAAGCACACUGAAGGCGCCAAGGACAAGAUGGUCCGACCAAAUGGGCUUCCUGAAUCAUUAAUACGCUAUGAUGCUCGUCAGAAGGAGAUGGCUAGUAAUUCAGUGAGUGAGCUAGUGGAAGUAAUGAAAAAGCCAAGUAGAGCAAGAGCCCUUAGUGAAUCGACAAAUAAUCGACCUUUCAUGAUGAGAAAGUCAGAGGGAGAUGGAGAACAGGAUAUUGGUAUCGGUACUUACAAGGUAAAUUUAGUUAACAAAGCUCCACCAAGACGACAUUCCCAUGCUGGUACAAGGACAGCCAUGCAAAUGGAGAAAAUUAACGAAGUUCCCGAAAAGAAACCUAAAAAAUCUGCUCGUCUAUCUUUCAUGGGGAUUAAGAAGAAAAAUCGUUCUAGUACUACCACUGCUGAUGAUGAUUUUGAGGCAAGGAUGACUAUGGAUAACGAUGACAACAACGAUGAUGAUGAUGAUGAGAGCGACAACGAUGGACGCCCUGAUAGUGUUGAUGAUAAAGUGAGGAAGAAGGAAAUGAGGAAAGGUAUUGAUCUAGCAACGACUCUCGAACGUAUAGAGAAGAACUUUGUCAUUACUGAUCCAAGGCUGCCUGAUAAUCCCAUUAUAUUUGCAUCGGAUAGUUUCUUGGAGCUGACAGAGUACAGCCGUGAAGACAUCUUGGGAAGAAACUGCAGGUUUCUUCAAGGGCCAGAAACUGAUCCAGCUACUGUAAGAAAAAUCAGACAGGCAAUUGAUAAUCAAACUGAUGUUACUGUCCAGCUUAUUAACUACACCAAGACUGGCAAAAAGUUCUGGAACUUGUUCCACCUGCAGCCUAUGCGUGAUCAGAAGGGAGAGGUACAGUACUUCAUUGGAGUGCAACUAGAUGGGAGUCAGCAUGUAGAGCCACUUCACAACAGUAUUCCCGAGGAAAAGGCAACAGAGAGUGCAAAACUGGUGAAAGAAACUGCUGGAAAUGUCGAUGAAGCAGUUCGAGAGCUUCCAGAUGCCAAUUCGAAACCCGAGGAUUUAUGGAGAAAUCAUUCAAAAGUUGUUCAGCCAAAGCCUCACAGGAAGGACAGUGCACCUUGGAAAGCAAUGCAAAAGAUUUUGGAGAGUGGAGAACCGAUAGGAUUAAAGCAUUUUAAGCCAAUUAAACCACUGGGAUCGGGCGAUACUGGCAGUGUGCAUUUAGUGGAGCUUUGCGGAACUGGCCAGCAUUUUGCUAUGAAGGCAAUGGACAAGAAUAUAAUGCUUAACCGAAACAAGGUGCAUAGAGCUUGUGCAGAACGAGAAAUCCUAGAUAUGUUGGACCACCCUUUUCUUCCGGCACUUUAUGCAUCUUUUCAGACCAAAACCCAUAUCUGUCUAAUAACUGAUUACUACCCUGGAGGAGAGCUGUUCAUGCUUCUAGACAGACAACCAAAGAAGGUGUUGAAGGAGGAUGCUGCAAGGUUCUAUGUUGCUGAAGUAGUGGUGGCAUUGGAGUACCUUCACUGUCAAGGUAUAAUUUAUAGGGAUCUGAAGCCUGAAAACGUCUUGCUACAGAGCAAUGGGCAUGUAUCUUUGACAGAUUUUGAUCUUUCUUGUUUGACGUCUUGCAAGCCACAGCUUCUACUUCCAGAAAUCAAAGAAAAGAAAAAGCAUCACAAAGGUCAACAAAAUCCUAUCUUCAUGGCUGAACCUAUGCGUGCAUCAAAUUCUUUUGUUGGAACUGAAGAAUACAUAGCUCCGGAAAUCAUAACUGGAGCAGGGCAUACUAGCGCAGUGGAUUGGUGGGCUCUUGGCAUUCUUUUGUAUGAAAUGUUGUAUGGUUAUACACCAUUCAGGGGGAAGACAAGGCAAAAGACUUUCACAAAUAUACUGCAUAAAGAUUUAAAAUUCCCAGGUAGCAUACAGGCUAGUCUCCAAGCAAAGCAGUUAAUGUAUAGAUUGUUGCAUAGAGAUCCCAAAAACAGGUUAGGAGCCCAUGAAGGAGCUAACGAAAUCAAGCAGCAUCCAUUCUUCCGGGGUGUGAAUUGGGCGUUAAUUCGUUGCAUGAAUCCUCCAAAACUAGAUUCUGCUCCUCUUUUGGGAAGUGAAGCUGAAAAAGAAGCAAAAGACAUCAACCCUGAGAUGGAGGAUUUACAAACAAAUGUUUUCUAAAAGAUAUGAAAUUUUUUAUAUCCCAAUCAAAUCAAGUGCAUGAGUGGAGAAAAGUGGUCCUCAGAUCCUCCCUGCAACAGUUCACUUGUUGAUUUUGUAAAAGAAAAUUAUGGUUUCUCUUUUGUUUUUUCCUUUGAUGGUUCUUGAUAUUUGUGUUUUUUUUAGUUUUGUAUGCAUAGUUUGGUUAUUUUGUAAUCCUAAUUCAUGAAUUCUUCGGUAGAUGUUGAGAUAAAUUAAUUUGUUAAGCCUAAUUUUCUUAAUUUAGCUCAUUAUUUAUUCCA